CAUGCACCGCCUCCUUCGAGAAGCAAGAUAACUUUCGGGUUUUGGUGGUCUCCAAAGUCAUCCGACCAAUUUUGCACCGCCCUAAAAUUACAAGCCCUGAGCUGGCCCUUCCUGUCAACUACCUACUGAAGGGCAAGCGGCCAGCAUCGCCAUGGAGACCAACACCCUUCCCACCGCCACUCCCCCUUCCUCUCAGGGCUCCUGUCCCCUCCAGUGAAUCCCAGAAGACUCUGGAGAGUUCUGAGCAGGGGGCGGCACCCUGGCCUCUGAUUGGUCCAAGGAAGGCGGGGGGGGGAGGGGGCAGGACGGGAGGCGAAACCCCUGGAAUAUUCCCGACCUGGCAGCCUCAUCGAGCUCGGUGAUUGGCUCAGAAGGGAAAAGGCGGGUCUCCGCGACGACUUAUAAACGCCGAGGGGCCAGGGGUCCGGAAAACGGCCAGCCUCAGGAGCUGCUGCGACAAUCGGUUUCCUUUUCUGAGAGUGACUCCCUCGGUCCCAAGGCUUUCCCAGAGCGAACCUGUGCGGCUGCAGGCAGCAGCGCCGUUGAGUUUCCGGCGUUCCGGAGGACUGAGCUCUUGUCGCGGGUCCGGUCCGCCGUUUCCAGUCCCGAAUCUCGGAGCGGAGCAGACAGCAGGGCACCGGCAUGGCCAAAGCCGCGGCGAUCGGCAUCGACCUGGGCACCACCUACUCCUGUGUGGGGGUGUUCCAGCACGGCAAGGUGGAGAUCAUCGCCAACGACCAGGGCAACCGCACCACCCCCAGCUACGUGGCUUUCACAGACACCGAGCGGCUGAUCGGGGAUGCGGCCAAGAACCAGGUGGCGCUGAACCCGCAGAACACCGUGUUUGACGCCAAGCGGCUGAUCGGCCGCAAGUUCGGCGACCCGGUGGUGCAGUCGGACAUGAAGCACUGGCCUUUCCAGGUGAUCAACGACGGAGACAAGCCCAAGGUGCAGGUGAGCUACAAGGGGGAGACCAAGGCAUUCUACCCCGAGGAGAUCUCGUCCAUGGUGCUGACCAAGAUGAAGGAGAUCGCCGAGGCGUACCUGGGCUACCCGGUGACCAACGCGGUGAUCACCGUGCCGGCCUACUUCAACGACUCGCAGCGCCAGGCCACCAAGGAUGCGGGGGUGAUCGCGGGGCUCAACGUGCUGCGGAUCAUCAACGAGCCCACGGCGGCGGCCAUCGCCUACGGCCUGGACAGAACGGGCAAGGGGGAGCGCAACGUGCUCAUCUUUGAUCUGGGCGGGGGCACCUUCGACGUGUCCAUCCUGACGAUCGACGACGGCAUCUUCGAGGUGAAAGCCACGGCCGGGGACACCCACCUGGGUGGGGAGGACUUUGACAACAGGCUGGUGAACCACUUCGUGGAGGAGUUCAAGAGAAAACACAAGAAGGACAUCAGCCAGAACAAGCGAGCCGUGAGGCGGCUGCGCACCGCCUGCGAGAGGGCCAAGAGGACCCUGUCGUCCAGCACCCAGGCCAGCCUGGAGAUCGACUCCCUGUUUGAGGGCAUCGACUUCUACACGUCCAUCACCAGGGCGAGGUUCGAGGAGCUGUGCUCGGACCUGUUCCGAAGCACCCUGGAGCCCGUGGAGAAGGCCCUGCGCGACGCCAAGCUGGACAAGGCCCAGAUCCACGACCUGGUCCUGGUCGGGGGCUCUACCCGCAUCCCCAAGGUGCAGAAGCUGCUGCAGGACUUCUUCAACGGGCGCGACCUGAACAAGAGCAUCAACCCCGACGAGGCUGUGGCCUACGGGGCGGCGGUGCAGGCGGCCAUCCUGAUGGGGGACAAGUCCGAGAACGUGCAGGACCUGCUGCUGCUGGACGUGGCUCCGCUGUCGCUGGGGCUGGAGACGGCCGGAGGCGUGAUGACUGCCCUGAUCAAGCGCAACUCCACCAUCCCCACCAAGCAGACACAGAUCUUCACCACCUACUCGGACAACCAACCCGGGGUGCUGAUCCAGGUGUACGAGGGCGAGAGGGCCAUGACGAAGGACAACAAUCUGUUGGGGCGCUUCGAGCUGAGCGGCAUCCCUCCGGCCCCCAGGGGCGUGCCCCAGAUCGAGGUGACCUUCGACAUCGAUGCCAACGGCAUCCUGAACGUCACGGCCACGGACAAGAGCACCGGCAAGGCCAACAAGAUCACCAUCACCAACGACAAGGGCCGCCUGAGCAAGGAGGAGAUCGAGCGCAUGGUGCAGGAGGCAGAGAAGUACAAAGCGGAGGACGAGGUGCAGCGCGAGAGGGUGUCAGCCAAGAACGCCCUGGAGUCGUACGCCUUCAACAUGAAGAGCGCCGUGGAGGAUGAGGGGCUCAAGGGCAAGAUCAGCGAGGCCGACAAGAAGAAGGUGCUGGACAAGUGUCAAGAGGUCAUCUCGUGGCUGGAUGCCAACACCCUGGCCGAGAAGGACGAGUUUGAGCACAAGAGGAAGGAGCUGGAGCAGGUGUGUAACCCCAUCAUCAGCGGACUGUACCAGGGUGCGGGUGGUCCUGGGCCUGGCGGCUUCGGGGCUCAGGGUCCCAAGGGAGGGUCUGGGUCAGGCCCCACCAUUGAGGAGGUAGAUUAGGGACCUUCGUUCCUUAUUAUGUUUGUCUUUGAGGUGGACUGUUUGGACUCAAGGACUUUGCUGCUGUUUUCCUAUGUCAUUUCUACUUCAGCUCUUUGCUGCUUCACUUCUUUGUAAAGUUGUAUCCUGAUGGUAAUUAGCUGGCUUCAUUAUUUUUGUAGUACAACCAAUAUGUUCAUUGUAAUUCUUUGCAUUUAAUGUUGAUACUGUAAGGGUGUUUCGUUCCCUUUAAAUGAAUCAACACUGCCACCUUCUGUACGAGUUCUUUCUUUCUUUUUUUUUUUUUUUUUUUGCUUUGGGAAAACACUACAAAGGCUGGGAAUGUAUGUUUUUAUAAUUUGUUUACUUAAAUAUGAAAAAUAAAAUGUUAAACUUG